UUCCUCGCCCCCGGACGAACACCCACAAUAGCCAAUGAGAGGAUGCCUGUCUCUAAAACUGUCCACAUGCAGACGAAGGCCCGGUAUACAGGAGAGAUGAGGGACGAGCUGCUUGGCACGGGGGUAUCAGGCAAAGGCAUGUCAGAAACCGACUUGCGAAACAGAAGAGGUCUUCCUCUGGAUGAGCGUCAGUCUGCUGCAGAGCUGGAGGCCGUCCUGCAGCACCACCACAACCUGCAGGAGAAACUUGCUGAGGACAUGCUUCACCUGGCCCGCAACUUGAAGAACAACACUCUGGCAGCACAGAACAUCAUCAAACAGGACAACCAGGUAACUGCACAGACACUAUCGCAGUAUUCAUCACGCUGUAUUGACAACAUUAGGGUUACUAAAAUAACUUGA